AUGCUCCCGCUGCCAAGCAAGGUGAGAGAAUUCCCGGUCGAACUGCUAGCCAGCAACUAUUCAAAGCUGACUCAUGUCGAAGGCAUCAUAAAAUUCAAAGAAUUCUUGAACUCAAUAGGCCAAGCAGGGAACGAGAGUGUUAAGGCACAGAGUCUCCGCGUUCUCAAGGCCUAUUGCGAUAAGCAGAUUUCUCAUCAUGGACCGGACGAGGACCCCGUCUGCUUCCCGGACCUCAUCCAGACCUGGGGGUUCGGAGACAGCAACAACAAUGAGCCCCUGCUGACCAAUGUUCCUUCUGUUCUGGCCAUCUUCUUCAAGACCAUCUCGCGGGAGCUCGAGUUCCGCGAGUUUGGGCUUGCGCUGUGCAAACAUCUGCUGCAGAAGGAUCAGCUGCGGCUUUUCAACCGGGGCCUGACAGCGACAAAGACUAAAGAGCAUCUCAUCUCGCCCUGUCUGCGUCUGCUCACGGAGAUUGUGUCAUUUGAUGGUGGCGCCGUGGCCCGCCAGCUGUAUUCUCGGCGGUACAUCACGUUCAAGCGCCUCGAGGUCUUUCUGACGCCCAACAAAGCACAGUUGGAGAAUGCAGAGGAUGAGUCUCACAAGUCGACUCUCCGGCGGAAUGCCCAGCGGUACUUACUCGCCAACCUGCGUGUUCAGCAUGUCGCCGACAAGAGCGACAUUAUCGAGCAGCACAAAAUCACCAAAGGUUUUCUCGAAUAUGUCCGAAAAGAUUCGAGGGAUAUCGUGCUGGAUAUCAUAAAGUCGAUCGAGAGAGACAUCGUUCAAGAUGCUGUGCUUGCUCGUAAAUCCAAGAGCAAGUUCUUCAACCGCGCCAACCUGGAGAGACUCGUGACGCUCUACGGCUAUGAUCGGGAAUCUGAAGAACCCAACCCAGACGGUGUGUCUGUCGCGAAUGAAAUACACCGAGUCAUGAUGACCGUGUGCAAAACCGCUGGACUUGGCGUUCUUCUGCCAGAAACUGGCUGGUAUCCUGUCGGAACCGACCCUGAGACUUUGCCAGCCGAAGACGAUGAAACAAUUGAGCUUGGUCUUGAUUCGCCCAUUUACGUUGACAAGUAUCGCGAGUCGGUUCCCGUUCGGAAUGGCUCACUGUCGCACCUCAUCCAAUGUCUGCGCCCCGAUGUGGAUAGUCUUCAGAUCGAGCUUCUGGUAACCAUCUUCAAGGUGGCACCGGAGCUUGUGGCAGAUUUCUUCACCAGAAAGACCAUGUUUACAUCCGACCCCAAGGCUACGCCCUCGUGGAUGGCCGAGUCAGCGUUGCUCUUCUCGACGCUGCAGUUGCCCGUUCCUCCGAACUGCGGCUGGAAAGAGAAGCAACCUGCCCUGCCACCGCCUGUCUCGAUAGUUAUCGAGAAUAUUCUCCCUCGACCUCUGAACCAGAAGAUUUUGACACGGUGUCUGAAUCAGAAUGCGGAGAUCAUAACCUUGUUCGCCGUGCGGAUCCUGACCGUUGCAUUCAAUAAACUGAAGACCGUUCUUGGAAUGUUCCGUGCUGAACAUGCCCAGGCUCAGUUGUUUUGGAACCAAGCUGCUACCAAGCUACUUGCCGAGUUUUCUCGCCGAUGCCCUGAGGUGAAAGAUGUCAUAACUCUAUUCCGACGAACUGCCAAGGACGACUUGCAGCAGCAGGAAGCUGUGUCAGAGCUGCUCACUUGCUUUUACGAAGUCAUGCCGGACAUUGCACUGGAAGAGAACUUUGAUGUUUCAAUGGUCUUGGUAGACGUGUUGAAACGACUUGAUGCAUCUGAUCUUAGUGCAGAUGACUCUGAAUUGCUCUUGAGUCAGCUGCAGAGUAUUUUGCGGAUUGCACAGCAGUCUGCGUCCUUGCGUUGGUGGCAACAACCAGCGUCCAUGUCAUACUCUCCCUUUACCUCGAUUCUCAAGGUCCUUGUGGAGACCUCGGACAAAAAUUCUGCGCGACGCAUCUCUACUCUUUUGAGGACCGUUCUGACCGAAGAGAAUUCUAUUCUGCUCAACUCGCCUCAAUCAUUUGUCGCGUUAUUGGCAAGUCUGGAAGACUCCGAGUCUGACUCUCUGCACAGGCAGUUGAAGUUUUUUGAUAACUGCGUGUGUCGGGUUGCCAAGAAGCCGGUUCACUACCUAGACCUCAUCAAUUCCCUAUCCGCCGACGCGGCUGGAAGAGCCAGCCCCAUUGUCGCUGCUAUCACUGAACAGUGGCCAUUUGUCGUCAAGAGCGGCGAUGCCGCGGCUGAGGCCGCUGUUGGCUCCUGGGUUGCCAAAUUCCUUGGAAAUCUGAAGCAAGCAAAAGAGCACCAGGCUGCUUUGAAAGCUGCUCGGGAUGCAUUGGUUGAAACCACCGAGGGCAAGAAAACUCGUUCGCUUUUCAAGAAAGCCCUGAAAGAAGCCGCGGAGGCCGACGAGGGAGACCAAAUGGACAUAGACUCCGGCCCAACUGUAUCUGCUGCACCCCACAAGCCUGCGGAGGUUGACCUGGACGAGAUCUUUGGCUCCUUGCCUACCGAGGGAACAACCCACAACGCGCUGCACCGUUGGGAACGGGAGGAUGUGGAAGCGGCAGUGGAGCAAGGACGUAUCGCCGAACUGAUUCUCUGCUUGUGUUCCCAACACGAGGAAGUUCGACGCCAGGCAUUUGCCAAUAUAAUACGCUUCAUGGCGAAGCUUAAGGUAAUCCUAGCCAAUUUUCUAGGUGAUGGACUUUAUUUACUGACAACGACUAAAACAGGAGUCGAACUAUGCCGAGUGGCGCUCGGUAUACAUUCUCACAGGUGA